AUGGCUUGGGCUCUUGUAUCUGCUAUCAAGGACCAGCUUAGUUCUUUCAUUGCUUCAGAGUUCUCGUCGAUUGCAAAUGUCAAGGGAGAAGUGCAAAAGCUUGAAAGCAAAUUCCACACCGUCCAAGCAAUGCUCAAUGAUGCAGAGAAACGGCAAGUGAAGGAGGAAGCUGUGAAGCUUUGGCUAGAUAAACUCAAAGAUGUAUCCUACCUGAUGGACAACGUGUUGGAUGAGUGGAACACUGCCAUGAUCAAAGCAGAGAUUGAGAAACAACAAAAAGAAUUCGGAGAAAAAGAAAAAGCUGAAACUAGUGCCGCUAAGAAGAGGAAGGUAUGGCCCCUCAUCUCAGUUCCUACUCUUUUUCAGCAUCGUGAUAUUGCUCAUAAGAUAAAAGAACUUAACCAAAAAUUAAACGAGAUUGACAGAGAGGGAGAGAUGUACAAGUUUGCAUUGACUAGGGAAAAUGAAGAAGUUGAGAGACCAAAAACAACUUCCUUUGUUGAUGAGUCUGAAAUUCUUGGUCGUGAUAAAGUUAGGGAUGAUCUAGUGAGCAUCCUAUUGGGCAAGGGUAGUGAAGAAGUAAGAAACCCCCAUGUCAUCUCUUUAGUGGGCAUGGGUGGUAUUGGAAAAACUACUCUUGCCCAACUAGCCUAUAAUGAUAAUGAGGUGAAGGAACAUUUUGAGAUAAAAGUGUGGGUUUGUGUUUCUGACCCUUUCGAUCAGUGCAAGGUGGCCAAAGAAAUCCUUGAAUCUAUUGAACAUCAAUGCCCCAACUUGACUGCAUUGCAAAGUCUAUUGGAUAGAAUUUGCAAUAAAGUUAGGGGAAAGAAGUUUCUUCUUGUCUUUGAUGAUGUGUGGACGGAAGACUCCACAAUGUGGGAGCCAUUCAGAAUUGCACUAAAAUUUGUUGCUCAAGGCAGUAAAAUUAUAGUCACCACACGUAAAAGCAGAGUUGCGGAGAUUAUGGGAAGUGCGAGCAUGUUUAAUUUGGAGGUAUUGUCUAAAGAAGAUUGUUGGUUGGUGUUUAGAAAAAUAGCAUUUUUUAAUAGGGAUCCUAGGCAAUGUGAGCAACUAGAAGGCAUCAGUAGACAAAUAGUAGAAAAAUGCAAAGGCUUGCCACUUGCUGCAAAGACUCUAGGGAGUCUAAUGCGGUUCAAGAGAAGUAUAGAAGAAUGGAGGAGAGUUUUGGAUAGCAAUUUGUGGGAAUUAGAAGUUGGGGAAAUAGAAAGUCUUUAUGCACCGUUGUUACUGAGUUAUUAUGAUUUAUCCUCACCAUUGAAACGGUGCUUCUCAUUUUGCGCUCUUUUUCCGAAAGAUUAUGUCUUUUCUAGUGUUGAGUUGGUAUAUAUGUGGAUGGCACAAGGAUAUAUCAAGUCGAAGGUAAAUAUGGGUAUAGAAAUCAUUGCUAGAGAGUACUUUGAAAAUUUAGCCAUACGAUCUUUCUUCCAAGAUUUUGAGAAAGAUGAAGAUAAUGACCAGAUAAUAAGGUGCAAAAUGCAUGACAUAGUGCAUGACUUUGCACAAUUAAUAUCAAAAAAUGAAUGCUUCACAAUCAAUAGUGACAUAGACUUGGGAGUAGAUCAUUGCUAG